UUUCUCCCCUCCUUUGCAUUCAAUUCCAUUUUCUCUCCUUCAUAACCGACUCUCUCUCUCCGCUCUCUUCUCUCUCAUCUUUCUUUCUUUUCUCUCGUUGCGUGUGGGGAGAGGAAAUAUGAUUUUAAGUGCAACAAACAGCACAAGAUAGAAGGCGGUUUCACCAUUAAUGGGAUUCUCUAUAACUAUUCAAGAACAAACACCACAAGAGGAUCAAGAAGCAAAGCCUUUCAUGGCUUCAAAUAGUGGUAGUUUUAAGAGCAUCAACUCAAGUACUACACCUACUCAACUUGAACCACUCCAUCUACAUCAUAAUCAUCAUCAUCAUCAUCAUAAUCAAAUACAAGAGCAACAACAACACCAAAUUUCCUUCGGAAUGAUGCCAUCUUCUUCUUCUUCAUCUAUCCCAGGAAACUAUCUAAACAGAGAUUCCGGAGCUUAUGAUUUGGGUGAACUGGAUCAAGCCUUUUUCAUGUAUCUUGAUGGUCAGCCUGACCCCUCUACUGUUCAAGACCAAAGACCAGAGAACUCAUCAUCUUCAGGAAUGAGGCCACCAACUCUCAACAUUUUCCCCUCUCAGCCUAUGCACGUAGACCCCCCGCCAUCCAAUUCCAAGGCUACAACGGAAUUGGCUUCUGCCCAAACCAAUGGUUCCAAGAGGCCAUCAGAGCCGUCCAUGGAAUCAACCAACCCGCGAAAUAAUGCCGCUUCUGCUCCUGAACCACCCAAACCUAUAAAGCGAGAGAACAACCGCAAGGGCACAACUUCAAGUUCUGAACAAGAGGGACCAAAAACACCAGAUCCUAAGACACUAAGAAGACUUGCCCAGAAUAGAGAGGCAGCAAGGAAAAGCAGGCUGAGGAAAAAGGCGUAUGUUCAGCAGCUAGAAACAAGUAGGAUUAAGCUGAAUCAGUUGGAACAAGAGUUACAGAGAGCCAGAGCUCAAGGCAUUUUCAUGGGUGGAAAUGCACUUUUGGGAGGAGAACAAGGCCUUCCUCUUCCUAUGACUACUAUUACCUCAGCCACCGUCUAGUGUGCGAACUAAGAGCAGCGGUGCAGGAACACCUGCAGGAGAACGAGCUAAGAAUGUACGUUGAAAAUUGCUUGGGUCAUUAUGACCAAGUGAUUAAUCUGAAGAGCAUUGUGGCCAAAACAGACGCAUUUCAUAUUGUUUUUGGAAUGUGGAAAACACCAGCUGAACGCUGUUUCAUGUGGAUCGGUGGCUUCAGGCCUUCUGAACUCAUUAAGGUUAUUAUGGCUCAAAUUGAGCCUCUUACGGAGCAACAAAUAUUAGGGAUAUGUGGGUUGCAACAAACAACACGUGAGGCAGAAGAAGCUCUAUCCCAAGGGCUUGAAGCUCUCAAUCAAUCACUAACAGAAACCAUAACAUCAGAUUCAUUGAGUUCUCCACCAAACAUGGUUAAUUACAUGGGACAAAUGGCUGUGGCCAUGAGCAAGCUUUCAACUAUCGAAGGUUUCCUUAGGCAGGCAGAUAAUUUGAGGCAGCAAACACUGCACCGUCUGCAUCAGAUUCUAACAACACGGCAAUCCGCAAGGUGUUUGCUGGCAAUAGCGGAGUACUUCCAUCGCCUUAGAGCUCUCAGUUCUCUUUGGAUGUCACGCCCUCGCCAAGAAUAAUAAUAAUAAUAGUAUAGUGCCAUAUUCCAUACAUACAUAUAUAGCUCUAAAGCUAGCUACCUAGAUAUAUUUAUAUAUAAACUAUGCCCUAAUUAAUUGUAGCUUCAAAAAUUCUCUUCAUGUUUUAACUUAAUCAAAAUGUUAUAUUUGAAA